AUGUCGAACAUGGAGCUCUUACCGACGGUAAGCCACAGAGACCACAACCGUCGUUGAGCCGCCUUGUGCUGUUGUGGCCCCUGGCCAUGUGUGUGCUUCUUGGCCCAUUCCAGGGAGACGGCCAAGAAGAUCGCACGAGAACAGACGCCACCAUGACGGCGUUUCAGCGAGUUUUCGCGCCCAUCGCCAUCGACAGCAGGCAAUUUCCUUUGCUCGGGGACGGGGAAGCAGCAACAGCAGUCAUGGCGGCGGAGGAGGAGCAGCGCAGGCGGCAGUGUUUGUUGUGGAUGAAGCCGGAGGAUGUAGAGGUGGCGAUGGAGGCGUAAGAAGCGCACUGCAGGGGAGGUGAGCGGGCAGCUACGCAAUGGCCAGACAGACAGACAGACAGGCAGACAGACAGACAGACAGACAGGGAGACGGCUGCCAGGGUGCUGGAAAAGGGCCGGGCCCGGCGGAGUGGGUCGCUGCAUGGCAUCUGCUCUGCGUGUCCUGUCGUCUUUUGCAGAGGCUUGAGGCGGCCAAAGCCCUCGAGACGGCCAAGGUGAGUCAUCGGCCAACGCCAAUCAGUGGAGAGCGCUACGGCCAAGAUCGAUUUCUGUCCUUGUCUGCAGGCGGCCCUGUACCACCAGACGGGGCUCCAGGUGCCCACGGGCGAGACCCACACCUUCGGUGGACAGGGCAGUCUGUGGCGAUGCGGGCGGUACAUGGUCAAGAUCCUGGACACGAAGUGCUCCAGAGGCGGGGUAUGCAACGAAACCACACACGAAUGGGACAAGCACACAAUAGGCAGUCACUUAUCGUGUCUGCUUGUCUUUGUAGCCGCCCACCGUACACGCACUGCUAUCAGAUCUUGCCGGAACAGCGACUGCUGCGGGCUGACGUGGAAGUGCAAGAAGCGUGA